AAAGAGAGACAAAAGAGAGGACUGUGUGAUCCUGCUGUUAGAGCAGCUUGUGUUGAGGAGAGAGUGUAUCCUAUCCCUCUCUUUUCUCUCUUUCGUGUCAUUCUUGCUCUCUCACUGUGUUAGCGGUGGAGGGUGCAUCGGCCGUCCCAGGCCUAGUUACAUGUCCCAGCAUCCCGCAAGAGCUCAGACAAGGCCACUGCGACUGUAACGGAGACUGUGAAAACAGAAGACAGGGAGUUAGAGACCUGAGCGGUGCAUCUGGAGUGAAGCCCCUGAAGCCCCAGAGAUCCACUUCUCUCACACACUACCCAAUCGACCUGCGAACAUCCAUGGAGGAAAAGUACAAAGAGAUUGCCGAGGAGCUGUUCACACGCAGCAUGGCAGAUAGUGAGAUGCGGAGCGCUCCAUAUGAGUUUCCGGAGGACAGCCCCAUCGAGCAGCUGGAAGAACGACGGCACCGCCUGGAGAGGCAAAUCAGCCAGGACAUCAAGCUUGAGCCCGAGAUCUUGCUCCGCGCCAAACAGGACUUCAUGAAAAUCGACAGUGAUGCAGACCUAGAGUCAUUGCAGGAGCUGAGUUUGGACAAUGUUGAUAAUUGCUUUAAGAAGAGGGAGCUGCCACUGGAAAGAGAGUACCAGCGAGUUUCAAUAUCUGGAGAGGAUAAGUGCGGGGUUCCCUUCGUUGACCUUGUAGAUGCUGCAAAGUGUGUGGUGAAGGCACUGUUUAUCCGGGAGAAGUACAUAAAGCGAUCCAUUCAGAACUUUUGUAAGACCACCGCUCACUCCCUCCAGGAGCUGGGGAUGAAGCCUCUGGAUCUGGCCGACUACGACGAUAUAGCAGAGACUCCUGUAGAUGCCGAUGCCCCUGUGCACCCACCGGUCUCAAAGAAUCACCCCUAUGACAAAGACCCCAAGUAUUUGCCGACAGACACAGGCUAUGGUUGCAAGAUGGUGGGUGGAGUAGUCCAUGUAUACACCAAGAAAACCAACAUGGACAAAAGCACAGAACUGGACCUGACCUAUCCUGACCUGACUGAGUACAUUGGAGACAUGAAUGUGAUGAUGUCCCUCAUCAUCAACGGGCCAGUGAAGUCUUUCUGUUACCGCCGCCUGCAGUACCUGAGCUCUAAAUUCCAGAUGCACAUCCUCCUGAAUGAAAUGAAGGAGCUGGCGGCUCAGAAGAAAGUUCCCCACAGAGACUUCUACAACAUACGAAAGGUGGACACACACAUACACGCAUCGUCCUGCAUGAACCAGAAGCACCUGCUGCGAUUCAUCAAGAGAGCCAUGAAGAAAUAUCCCGAGGAGAUCGUUCACGUGGACCGCGGCCGUGGUCAGACCCUGAAGGAGGUGUUCGAGAGCAUGAACCUGACGGCCUUCGACCUGAGCGUGGACACUCUCGACAUGCAUGCGGAUCGUAACACAUUCCAUCGGUUUGACAAGUUCAACGCCAAAUACAACCCCAUCGGAGAAUCCAUCCUCAGAGAGAUCUUCAUCAAGACUGACAACCACAUCGAAGGAAAAUACUUUGCACACAUAGUCAAGGAGGUGAUGUACGACUUGGAGGAGAGUAAGUACCAGAACUCUGAGCUCCGCCUGUCCAUCUACGGGCGCUGCCGGGACGAAUGGGACAAGCUGGCUCAGUGGGCCCUCAAACAUCGAGUUUACUCUGAUAAUGUGCGCUGGCUCAUCCAGGUGCCUCGUCUUUUUGACGUGUACAAGACAAAGAAGCAGCUGGCAAAUUUCGAGGAGAUGUUGGAGAAUAUCUUCAUGCCUCUGUUUGAAGUCAGCAUCAACCCGCGCAGUCAUCCUGAGCUGCAUCUCUUUCUGGAGCACGUGUUGGGCUUCGACAGUGUGGACGAUGAGUCUAAACCGGAGCACCACAUCUUCAACCUGGACAGUCCGCUGCCAGCUGACUGGACAGAAGAGGACAACCCGCCCUACUCCUACUACCUCUACUACACCUAUGCUAACAUGACUGCGCUCAACCACCUGCGAAGGCGCAGAGGCUUCCACACGUUCGUCCUGCGACCUCACUGUGGGGAGGCGGGGCCUGUCCACCACCUGGUGUCAGGCUUCAUGUUAUCAGAGAACAUCUCCCACGGUCUGCUGCUCAGAAAGGCUCCGGUGCUGCAGUACCUUUACUACCUGGCUCAAAUUGGCAUCGCCAUGUCUCCACUGAGUAACAACAGCCUGUUCCUCAGUUACCAUCGCAACCCGCUGCUGGAGUAUCUGUCCAGAGGCCUCAUGAUCUCUCUGUCCACCGACGAUCCCCUUCAGUUCCACUUCACCAAGGAGCCUCUGAUGGAGGAGUACAGCAUCGCUGCUCAGGUGUGGAAACUAAGCUCCUGCGACAUGUGUGAGCUGGCCAGAAACAGUGUCCUCAUGAGUGGGUUUUCACACAAGGCCAAAAGCUACUGGUUGGGCCCCACCUACUUUGACGAGGGUCCUGCGAGCAACGACAUCCGCCGUACUAACGUCCCUGACAUCCGCGUGGCGUACCGCAGCGAGACCCUUGCUGAGGAGCUGCAGCUCAUCACUCAGGCUGUCCACACCGAGGAGCUGGACCCGAUCAGCGAGGAGGACGCUCUGUCCAUGGGCCCUAUCCUGGGAGAUCACUAAAGUCACAAUAACCUGUGAACCCCCAGCCCGGUGGUCCACCCAGCAUGACACGGAAGAGACGUGGUGGGAGGGUAAUUCUGUUGCAUCCCACAUACAGUAUAAACACCACAAACCAUCCAUAUCAUCCGUAUGCCGUACACACAGAUACCAAAAAGCCAAGGACAAAGUGCUGCUAGAGCCGUUCAGAUUCUAUGUUCCUCCGUUUUUUGUGUUAGUCAUUAUCAGGCUGAAGUUAUGGAUAUCUAACCUGUUGUUGUUAACGUUCCUAGGUCAGUCAUAAUCAAGGUUAGCAGAGAAGACCAACACACGUGUUUCUUUUGAAUAAAAAAAAAAACGAGAAACACUGGAGAGGUUUCAGGGCGAUGCUGUCUUUAUCCUUCUGUCCAUGAGAUUGACAUCCUGUCCAGUCAGCAGUAUGUAUUAAUACACCAGACGCAGUACUCAGCAUGUAGUAUCUGUGUUCUACUGAAACACUGACAACCAGCACAUUGGGACUUUCUUCACAUAAACCCACUCUGAACGCAGCUGACAACCUGGUGCAUCUUCUCUCUUCAUUAUUCAAACUUAUUCAAAUGAUUACCCAUUCAGUUUUUAUGGAAUGAUAACAGCUGUAGGUUGGAUUUACCCAGAAGAUGGUUUAAGCUUCUUCAGGGCGUCCCCAGGUUUGGAGAUGUACUGAAUCAGAGAAGAGAGAGCACAGCUUCUGGUACUUUGUUGUGGUGUCAGAUCAUUUAUUUUUAAAGAAUUAUUAUUGUCCAAAAUGUAAUGAGCUCAGAAAAUGACUUCCUGGUCGUCCAUUGCAAACAUUCCAGGAAGCUAAAACUUGUCUUUUGCUCCAAAUAUAAUCCAGUAAAUGUUCACAAUCAUCCCAUUUUGAUGGUGUUCAUGAGAAGAAAAGGGAUUUGAACCAUAGCACAAAUAUUUAUGGAUGAAUUUGCAUCGUCUGAGGAGAAAGCUCUUAGUGACCUCACUGUGACAUCUAUCACUCAUUCCUUCCCUUGUAGACAAAUCGCAAAGUUUUGUUUUUUUUCACCGCUGCAUGCAGUGCACUGUACAUAUGCAGCAGGACAAGACUUUGCAGUGCCUUUUCCUUUUUAGCUUAAGCCUGAAAAUCCCCCUUUUCUUUUUGCAUUUUCUUUUUCUCAGUCGUCUACAGUAGGCCUCCAAGCUGUUGUAACUUCCCCACCGAUGGAACUGAAACCACCUAGCUGCAUGCUCGGUGUGAAGAAGCUUGGCCUUUGUUUGACGAGGACAUUUUGUUUCUAUUACUCUGCUUCUAAGUGCUUUAUUUGCAUGCCUGCAUGAGUAAUGGAUGGCAGGCGAGAAUUAGUUAUAUACAGCAAGCUGUAUGUGACGUUUUAAUUCAUUCAGGGCUACACCAGCAUUUGAAAUCUGUUUGCAUUAAAGAGAUUUAAAUUAAGCACUGUUCACCAUGUAGAUACAAGCCAACCAUGCUGGGACAUGGUCCAGAUGUUUGCAUGGUUCUUGUAGCAUUUUCUUUUUAAACUCGCCCCAAAUCUGAUCAAAGCUGGGAUCACAAAUUGUGUUUUAUACUCAUCAUAUUAUUUCUCUACCUGCCAAUGGACACGGGCCAACUUCCAUCAAACUGUGAGCAUUGUUAAGAUGAUUAGGAUGAAAGAUGAGAAGCUGAAUUUCUUCAGCAGGAAUAAAGUGGAAGUAGCAUCCAAGUGUUCAAGGGAGGCACCAUAGUUGUGUGCUUGUUCGUUGGGUUUCAUGUAUAAAGCGUAUUUUUUUUAAAGGGGAUAUAAAGAUAAGAGAUUUUAUAUUCACAAUAUAUUGAUGUCAAGGUUUAACACUUAGUAGUGUUGCUGUUUACCAUUGUGAGUUACCAUUAUGACAUGAAGAUAGUCGCUCAAUAAAGGCUGUUCUUUUAUUUAGUUAAUCAGGCCAUUUCAUAUAACAGUAAAUACAGUAUGUAAAUGUUACAUACUAGGGAUGGGAACGAUUCAUCGAAUAUUCGAAAUUAUUCAGGUAUUCGAAUGUGAGUUAUGAAUAUUUUUAUUCUAAUUAUUAUUAUUUUUUAUUUUUUUGGAAGGGGUGCCUAAGUUGAUUACAUAUUAUCAAAUGGAAUAAUUCAAUGUAUACGACAGUGCCAUAGCUAAAUGUGUUGGGUCUAAAGGUGUGUUUUGCUCCGCUCACGGUACCUCACGGCAGAGCUGCAGGUGCUGAUCUCUCUCUCGCGUCCGGUUAUACUUCACUCGCGUUUAUGUCCAAAGCCAUCAGAUCUAGCUAGUUCUAGCCAAUGAUAUGGCUGCUGCCCCUCCCUACACGCAGAUCACGCAGACUCAAACCUCAUCUUAUGCACAAAUUCCAGCUUCUCUACAGCUGGCCUGAUUGUGAAUCGCCUCCGCACCCGCAUCUCCCCAUUAAGAAUAUGAGCAUUUAGAUAUGCUCAUAUUCUUAAACAAGAAUGAGUAUUAUUGAAUAGCUGCAUUCUGUGCAUAGGCCCUGUUACAGGUUGUUGAUCUCUGUUGUAAUAGGGUUAUGUUACCCUGACCCGUUAUGUUGUUCGUGUAUGAUCCCUCUUUAAUUUAAAAACCAAGUUAUGUUUUAAGCAUGAAAGCUGUAGGCCUAUAGUUGUCAACUGUUCAAACUGUGAUCACCAGUUCAAUACAUUUGACAAAUUCGACUUGGUUUCUAUACUUAUUUGAACAUGUAUUUAUUUAUUUUUCCUAAUUAAUUCUUUUUUUUUUUUUUGGUAUAUUUCUUUCCCACAUUUCUUUUUUUUUUAUAGCAUAUGUACAUUUCGGUUAACCGUUUUUUUGGGUGUCGAAUAUUCGAAUAUACAUUUGCUUUCAAAUUCCCAUCCCUAUUACAUACAUCUUACUUUAAAGCCAACAGAUGUUGUUACAGCAGUUGCUGACCUCCACACACACACACACACACACACACACACACACACACACACACACACAUAUAAAACAAACCCCUUCUUUUAAGUCACAUCAAUAGUCAUUUUCUGUGUUUUUGUUUAGGAACGACUAAUUUCCUCCAUUGACUUGCCCAAUAACUUCACACACUUGGUGCGUUCUUCCAGGGACUAGAAUCUGUACUGAACUUUCUCCAUCCAUUCACUAACCGUUGUGUUGUGUGCUUGUUCUAACAGUCAGCACAGAGCUACCUGUCUGCACAACAUUGUGCAGCCUACCUCACAAAUACUUAUCUCCAAACGUUCUCUGUGUUUCUGUGUCCUCAGCAACAGCACACAACAAUUAUUGAAUUAUUUACACGUUGAACAAUCAACCGAUAUUUUUCCGGUUUAUUGCAAUUGUUUGUUUGGUCUAUUAUCAUCAGAAAGUUGUGAAUAAAGCCCAUUAUGAUUCCUUUAGGACCCUGGGUGUUGAGGUGUUCAAAUUGUUUGUUUUCAUCCAAACUACAGUCUAGUUCUCAAACAUAUUUGCUUUACUUUCAUAGACAAUGUGAUGAAGCAACACAUCUUCACAGUUUGAACCAGUAAAUUGGUCAUUUUAACCUUUUAAAUUCCAGUAAAUAUUGGCGCAUGAGAAGUGAUGCACAUAAAACGGAACAGAUGGGACCAUUUUAAGACGCUUUUAUCUCUAAGUAGUAACACAGCAAUUAUUUGGAUGCCAUCACAAAAACCAGUACUAGUUAUUCAAAUAUAUGCACUACAUUAUUCAUAUAUUUAUAAUUCACACUGAUUUAUGUGUGUUUUACUAUCUGUAUCACUCAUUUAUUACAUUUGUAAUGCUCACUCUCAAGAUAUAUUUCUGUGCAGCUUAUAUUUUUCUCAUUGAAAUCUUUGUUUUCACAAAAUCUCGUCACUUUUUCGACAUUUGAAUUUUAUGGCCAUGGAUCUGUAGCCAAAUGAUUGCCUGAAAUGAAUUUCCAGUGUUUAACAAAUGCCUUUGAUAAGGUUCACGUGUAAUGUCUGAACGAAAUAAAGCAUGUUUAUUCACUAAAA